AUGGGCCACAACAUUUCAUCGGUUAGCGGCGUCAAGUCCGACAACUUCUAUGAACAAGGGAACGGAAUUAAUGAGAUCUGGGUUGACGGCCUGGAAGUGAUCUCACGAUUGCCGUUCGGCGACUCAGACCUGGGGCAAGCCGGUUGGCCUGCAGGCGACUGGCCGAAAAUACCGUGGCAUCAGUUCAUUAUUCCUCUGAAACGAGACCUCACAUCCACUAGCAACAUCAACAGUGCUAAAAGUGCCAACGACACCUUUGCGAUGACAGAAAGCAUUGCUUGCUGCCCAUGUCUGAAAACCUAUCCGGACUUUGGAUACUUCGGAAUGUACAAGAACUGGAAUCCAUUCACUGCUGCACUUUUUGGGAAUGUGGCUAUGGCAUCCGGCCUUGUUAUUCUGGGGCUGCUUCUCUUUUUGCUCCAAUGGAAUGAGGUUAUCAUGGAUCUGCAUCGGUUCAUGCCGGAUACCGCUGCGUUCGGUGAAGCAGUCAUGGAGCCUCCCGUCCGCGCUGGAAGCUGGCAUUGUAUGAAGCCAUGGCUUUGGCGGCGUUGCUUGUCUAGAUUCCUCAUGCUUGUGGCUGGCACCGUCCUUGUGGUGUGUGGGAUCCCAGGCGCCAUGCUGGCCAUGAAAGAUCGAUCAGGUCCUGAGGUUUUCUUCGAAACUUGGAAGGGGAUGGCCAUCGUACUUUGGACAAACGUUGGCUUUCAGUUUCUUAUAAAUAUUGUUCUAUUGUAUUAUUAUUGCUGGCGCCACCCAAGGGGAGAAAAUGCGGACAGUCUGCGAAAACGUGAGCAAAAUCCCGGAUCCAGAAGUUUGACAGUUGAAGCCUCGGUCGAUCCUGGGUUGACUGUUAUUCAAACCAUGAAGGUUGAAGAACCGAAAGCUGAAGAAGCUUGA